AUAAUAAUAAGAAAAAACAAAUAAAGGUAAACUAGAACAUAUAUUCAGCUACAAUUAAAAGAAAAAUAAAAAAUUGGUAUAAUUACAAUUUUUGGAAGAAAAUAUUCGAUUUAGUCUCAGUACUUAUUGUUCUUAGUCUAUGUAUCAUACGCAUUAAUUUAGUUUAUUUUCUCUUUAUGUGUUAACAUAUAAUAUGUAUAUCAAAACCUUCAUAUAUAGAUGCAAAGAGACCAAAUCUGCAUAUAUAGAAGCAAAGAGACCAAAUCUGCAUAGCAAAUCAUUGUCUUAAAUAUUUUCAAUUUGUUUCUUAAUAAUGUGCAUUAUGAUUCAAUGUAAAUCCAGAUAUAUGUUUGUAUAUAAUUCUAUACAUGUGUUGUCCCUGAAUGUUCGACUCCCAAUUGUCAUUGUAUUUUUUUCCCUUAUGAACACCGGGGACGAGUCACUCUCUCUUCAUCGCCGGAAAAUAUACAUCUCCUCCGUCGAACGUUCAAGUCACAAGAAAUCAAAAGGGUUCAAAGUCUCUGCGAGGAAGCUUGCGUCAAGGCUUCAGAAGCUUCCUCCUAAAGCUGACGGUGCAGAACGUUUUAGCUAUCAGGUUUGUGAUAAUUUGGUUUGGUCUCUGAGAUAUCACAACGUUGAUUUUCUUUGCCUUUUAAAAAUGUUGCAGAUGGAGGGGAUAACUAAGUGGGACUUGGGAUCAUGCCGAACGUAUUACUCCGUUGAACCUUAUGAGAAGUUUCAAGAAGAAGAGAAUAUAGACGGUGGCCUCGUUCCUCGUCUUCAAGAUGAGCUAUGGAAGGCUCAAUCUAGAAUCAAAGAGCUUGAAACAGAGAAGAUUGGAUCAAAGGAAAAUGGUAUAAGAAACCAAAGAAUAAGCUGGGAAGAAAAUACUGAUUCACUUUUUGAUUACUUGAAGGAGAAGUUAAGCAAAGAAAGGGAAGAGAGGAAAAGAGCUAAUGCUGAGAAUUCUAUGUUAAAGAAGAAGGUGUUGGAGAUGGAAUCAACAGCAAAUCGGUUGAGGAGAGAAAGAGACACACUAGAGAAGGUGUGCGAGGAACUGGUGACGAGGAUAGAUGAACUGAAGGUGGAAACAAGGAGGAUAUGGAAUGAGACGGAGGAGGAAAGGCAGAUGUUGCAAAUGGCUGAGAUGUGGAGGGAGGAAAGAGUUAGGGUCAAGUUGACGGAUGCUAAACUUUCCUUGCAAGAAAAGUAUGAAGAGAUGACUUGGUUUGUGGAUGAGUUAGAGAAAGGUUUGGAGAUGGUUAGAGAAGUAGGAGGAGUUGAGGUGAUGAUGAGGUUGAGAAGAGGUGAACUUUUGAUUAAGAAGGCAAGAUCUUUGGAAGAUGCAGCUAAUGAUAUAGAUUUUGAGAAAUUUAAGUUUGUAUCUGAUGAUGAUAAUUAAUGUUUAACCAAUGUUCUAAACCGGCUUUCACUCAAAACGAAUAAAACUACUGAAUCAUUCGGAGGGUCUUUUUUUGAGCGUGGGUGGAGAAUUCUUCGUUUCUCGUUCGUCCACGUGGACCCUUUGACGAUACUAAUCAAUAAUGACUUGUGCCUCACAUGGGACUUGUAAAACUAUGUACAACGGAAAAUUUAUUCACCACCUUAUUAUUGUUAUGAAAUAACUUAUAAUUUAUAGUAUCGAGAAAUUUAAAUAAGAGUAGAAUUUAAUACCCGUAGGAAGCAAAUAACACUACUAUAAGUGAGAGAGUUUAUUAUAAGUAAG